AGGCGAUCAAUGUCUCAAAGGUCGCUGUGACGACUGGUCGCUCUGCAGGACACUGACCUGAGAUCAGCUCGUCCAUCAGAAUUUGUUCAGCUGCUCAGAAUGAGGGCUUCUGAUUGGCUGCUGGCUGUGGCGUUCCUGCCGCUCGCCUCUCUCGCCCUCCGGCCCGACGUCUGUGGAGCUAAACCCAGAGACCUGUCCCUGGAGCCACGCUGCGUCCACCGCAGCCCGGAGCCCGAGGGCCCGACCCCGGAGCCCGAGCCCGUCCCCGAGUCCACCAACCCCCGAGUGUGGGAGCUGUCCAAGGCCAACAGCCGCUUCGCCCUGUCCCUGUACAAGCAGCUCGCCCUCGGCAGGACGCCCGAGUCCAACAUCUUCAUGUCCCCCAUCAGUAUCUCCACCGCCUUCGCCAUGACCAAGCUGGGCGCCUGCAACAACACGCUGGAGCAGAUCAUGAAGGUGUUUGAGUUUGACUCCAUCAAAGGGAAGACGUCCGAUCAGGUCCACUUCUUCUUUGCCAAACUCAACUGUCGUCUGUUCCGGAAGAAGGACGAGACCACGGAGCUGAUCUCUGCCAACAGGCUGUUUGGAGACAAGUCUCUUGUCUUCAACGAGACUUAUCAGAACAUCAGUGAGACGGUGUACGGAGCCAAACUGCUGCCGCUCAACUUCAAGGAGAAGCCGGAGGAGGCCCUGGCCACCAUCAACAACUGGAUCGCCAACAAGACGCAGAACCGGAUCCAGGACACGCUGCCACAGGGGGCGCUGGACUCCAGCACCAUCCUGGUCCUUGUCAACACCAUCUACUUCAAGGGUCAGUGGAAGAACAAGUUUGACACGGGGAACGUCUUCGUCUCAGACUUCCACGUCAGUGCGAGUCGCAGCUGCUCGGUCAGCAUGAUGUACCAGGAAGCCAAGUUCAGGUACAAGAACUUCCCCGAGGACCACGUGCAGCUGCUGGAGAUGCCUUACCUCGGAGACGACAUCACCAUGGUGCUCAUUCUGCCAAGCAAGGGCACAGCGCUCAGUCAGGUGGAGGAGAGUCUGGACCUGACGAAGCUGAACAACUGGUUGAAUGAGAUGGAGGAAACCUCGGUGUCCGUCCACGUCCCUCGGUUCAGGGUGGAGGACAGCUUUGCUCUGAAGGAGGAGCUGCGGGCGAUGGGACUGACGGACCUGUUCAGCUCAGAGAAGGCCAGCCUGCCAGGAAUCCUGGAGGACGGCUCGGACACGCUCUUCAUCUCGGACGCCUACCACAAGGCUUUCCUGGAGGUGAACGAGGAGGGCAGCGAGGCGGCGGCAGCCACGGCCGUGGUGGCGGUCGGUCGCUCCCUCAAUUUCAACCGUGAGCUUUUUCUGGCCAACCGACCGUUCCUGCUGCUCAUCAGAGAAUCGACCAUUAACACGAUGCUGUUCACCGGCCGAGUGGCCGACCCCUGCGACCAAUAACUGCUUUCAUACAAACUCAAUCAACGUUCCUGUUUUACCAACCAGCCUUUGACCUUGGAUAAACAGCGGCAUUACAUGAAUGUGUUUAGAUUGUGUGUAGAUGAGUGUGAGGAGCUGAACAUGUGACAUUUGUGUAGAUCAUGUGAAAAAGACGAUCACACACUCUAAGGCUUUGAGACUACAAAUCCGACUGUGGUUGUACGUCUCCACCAAACACUCACUUCCUCUCAUACAUUCAUUUAUAGACAAAUUAAAAUCUAUAUAUUCAACUAAA